UUUCACUCUUCAUCUGUGUGUUAAUGAUCUUUUCCUCUUUUCACAUUUUUUUCCAUUUCCAAGAUUUUUAUACACCCUACCUUUUCCUGCAAGAUGGAUUUUACUGAAAUUUUUUUCUAUUUCAUUUUAUGAAUUGCUAUUUGCUUGCUCAUGUUAAUUGGGGCAUCUCCAUAGUUCUUUUUCCUGAGUUUUUGAUUACUGAAAUGAAAGUUAUCAUGAUGAAUUUCGAUUUGACUGCCACAAAUGUUGACUUAUGUAAGAGCUUAGAGAAAAAUGGGCCUUCUUUAUCUCAAAGAUUAGAUUUUUCUUCUAAUGUGCUUUUUCAAUAGGCACCAUUAAUGGUUAGCACCUUGAGUUCUAUUUAUGGUGAAAAGGGAAAUUAUUGGAACAUAAUAUCACAAUCAUUACUUCCGUUUCUUUGAAAAGCCAUUAAUUAGGUUAUGAAUUAAUUUCAGACCUUUCUCAUCUUUUCCAACUUCAAAAGAGUUCCUAUUUUUGUGAAGGUCUUCGUUUUUUCUUCUCCUCCUUCUAUACCUUUUCUUUUCACUCUAUUGUAUGCUGGUUCAAGAUAGAGAAGUGAAGGCAUAACAAGCAGCCUCAUGCAAACAUCCACCAUAUCAGAUUACAACCUCGGGGGAGAAGGUGAUCUCUUCAAGGCACCUGAACCAGUAAUUGGAGAACCAUUAAUGGCUGUGGAUCCGAUGACAGCUGCUAUCUCAAUGAUCUCCUGUGGAGAAGAUGUGAUCUCUCCCCAGUCGCUAACAGUAUCUGAUAUCGAGUCGUCUAUUGAGAGUGGACAGCUCAUCAGUGAGGUUUUCUAUGAAUGUAGAAAGGAUCUUUUGGCACAGCAAGGGAAUGAGACGCCACUCUUUGAUACCCUGAGUAUCAAGAUUCCGUCUCUACAGAUAGAUGAAAAUUUUGUUGUUGACGAGAAGCUGUUUGCGGAGGGCGCACUCCAGAAAAGUCUCAGCUCGAGUUGUCUAAGAUCUGUGGAUGGUGUGCAUGAGGCUCCACUGAGGCCAAAAUUUCUCGAUUUUCCAGUUUUGGACUUUGGGGCUUUUAAUGGGAUGCGGAGAGCAUUUAGUGAAGGAGAUAUCAAGACUCUUGAUAACGAUGGUAAAACAAUUCUGGAGCAGUCCUCGGUGGUGCAACCUCGGGUUAUAAGCAGCUGCCAUUCUGAAGAUCGCAGGGAAAAGCUCUGUAGAUACUGGAACAAGAAGUCCAAGCGAAACUUUGGAAGAAAAAUCAAGUAUGCUUGUAGGAAAGCCUUGGCUGACAGCCAGCCUCGGAUCCGCGGAAGAUUUGCCAAGACGGAAGAAAUGGAAAGCCCAGAGAUGCAGUAACUGUCUGUAUUAUUGAUUAUGGACAAGGACAAGUAGAGGUGAUCACCAUGAUCAUCAACUCACCUCCCAACCUAUCUUAACAUCUCUCAUAAUGUCCAGUGUGGCUAAACUAGCUGUGUAUAUACUGUUUUUUAAUGCUACACCAAUAAUAUGUAUGACUUCAUCAAUCUGUAGCUACAAUUUCCCUUUAAAUUAUAGAUUGCUGGCUAGGAGGCUAUGAGAGCGUUCUCUUCUUUUUUGGUUUUAA